AUGGAGGGCCUCCUCGCAUCCUACAUUAUUAUUAUCCUUUUCAGCUUGCUAGCAGUUUCCCCCGCCGCCGCUGCAUCCUUGGUCCAGAGGUGGCAGACGGCCACGGCCACGUGGUACGGCAGUCCGGAAGGGGACGGGAGCGACGGCGGCGCGUGCGGGUACGGGUCCCUGGUGGACGUGAAGCCGUUCCGGGCACGGGUCGGGGCGGUGAGCCCGGUCCUGUUCAAGGGCGGCGAGGGGUGCGGCGCGUGCUACAAGGUGAAGUGCCUCGACCGUUCCAUAUGUUCGAGGAGGGCCGCCACAGUCAUCAUCACGGAUGAGUGCCCCGGCGGCUACUGUUCCAACGGCCGUAUCCAUUUCGACCUCAGCGGUGCCGCCUUCGGCCGGAUGGCCGUCACCGGCGGCGGAGCCCGGCUGCGCAACCGCGGCGAGAUUCCCGUCAUCUUUCGCAGGACACCUUGCAAAUAUCCGGGGAAAAACAUAGCUUUCCAUGUGAAUGAAGGAUCAACUAAUUAUUGGCUAUCACUUUUAGUUGAAUUUGAGGAUGGAGAUGGUGAUGUUGGAUCCAUGCACAUUAGAGAGGGUAACUCGGAGGCAUGGCUAGAAAUGACACACAUAUGGGGCGCCAACUGGUGCAUCAUUGCUGGGCCUCUACAAGGCCCAUUCUCAGUGAAGCUCACCACACUGUCGACGGGAAGAACACUGUCUGCUCGGGACGUCAUCCCCCGGAAUUGGGCUCCCAAAGCCACAUACACCUCUCGUCUCAACUUUUUUUAA